AUGGAUUUUCCAGAUAUCAAAAGGAACCCUAAACCGUUGAAUAAUAACAGCAAAGACAACCCCGAAUUUGCUGAUAAUUAUUACAAACGGAGUUACAUAAAAGGGAGAAAAAAUGAAGAAGUUAAAAUAGGCUCAAACCUGUCUACGCAGAAUGAUGUUUUACAGCUACCGAGCGUGCUCCACAACCAAAUUAGGAUAAUACGGACAAAUGACAGCUGCUUUAAGGACUACGUCGUUUUGAACAAUCUAGGAAAGGGAACGUACGCACAAGUAUGGAAGGUGAAACAUAAAAUUACGAACGAAAUAUUUGCAGCCAAGUUGUUACAACCGAAUCAAUUUCCGAAGGAAUCGUUUAAUCGUAUUGUUGAAAUGUUUACAAAAGAAAUAAUUAACCUAUCCAUAUGUCAAUGUCCUGGAGUGAUAAAGUUACACAAAGUUAUAGGAGGGAAGGAAGGAUGGAUUCUGAUACAAGACUAUGCAAAUGAUGGGACUUUAUGGAAGGAAAAUUUAUCCAGCAAUAUGACAGAAGCUUUUCUCUACUUCAUUCAACUGUUGCAGGGCAUGUGGUACAUCCAAGACAUGAAUAUUGUUCACAGAGAUUUAAAGCCAACAAAUAUUUUAAGGUACGACAAUAAAAGAAUCGUCAUAGCGGACUUUGGAUGGUCAGAACAUAUUGAUUCUUGCAAUUUACAUCCGACGGAAUGGCCAGGCACGUUAGAAAUUAAUCCCCCAGAGGUACUCAGGAAUACGGGACCCAUGACGGAAAAAAUUGACAACUACGCCCUUGGGAUGAAUAUGAUUUUAUUCAUUUCUGGAAGAUUCGUAUGUAGACAAAAAGGAAUUGAAUGUUCUAAAGUCGCGCAAACUAUUUUGAAAACUGUGCAUAAUUUGAGGCACUCCAAACCUCCGAGCAGAUUCAGAGAAAAUCUUAAAGCGUGGGAUUUAUUUGUGAAGUUGACUUCAUCCAACCCCAGUGAAAGAUUAAGUCUGCAGAAUGUUCUGGACCACCCCUGGGUGACAGAAAUGUUAAACAAUUUUAGCCUUCAGAAUUCUAAAUUCUUGUGGCAUGAGAAGGUUAAGAGCAGGUGGAUUUACCUGCUCUCGAAUAACUGGAACUUUUUCAAAAAUAUUUCCUCCAUUUCGCCGAACGGGGCCAAUACGGCCAAUGCGCCCACUGCAGCCCACGCGGUCUACUCAGCCGGCACAGUCAACACGGCUAACAUGGUCAACACGGUUAACGCGGUUAACGCAGUGAACGACAUUUCCCUCAGCGCGAACGGUAAAAUGAAGCAAAACGGGGAAGUAGACAAGGACGACGCUUCUGCUCCGAGGGGAAACAACAAGGCAACCGUCGUCAUGGACGCAGACAACCCCAAGGAAAAAACUAGUAACAGUAAAUAUUCACAUGCCUGCCUCAAAAAUGACUACGAAAUUCUGUACUAUAUGAUGAAGAAUAAUUUUAAAAGUAGAAUAAACUGUUGCUCCGUGAAGAAAAGCGACCCAUGCACUUGUAGGAGCAACGACAGUAGAACGAAGCAAAGUAGAGAUGCUAGAAGUGCAGUCAAAACAGACCAGAGAACAGUCAACAGUAGCUACAACAAUGAUAGACUCCUCAACGGGGGGGUGAUCAAUGCUGCUUCUGCCACGUCUCUUCACAAUAACAACCACGGUCCACAUGGGAACACCGACGCGAUGCAUGCAUCCCCAGUCGUGUACGUGGAAGAUGCCAAGAAGGAUAACUUCCUCGUCAUCAAUGAUGACGGGGAAAAUGUGAACAAGGACAAUCUUGCGAAGAAGAAAAAGGAGGACCAUAUCAAGGCAAACGAAAAUGAAGCUAUCGUUAUAGACGACGAGGAGGACGAUGAAGAAGAUGAAGGAGGUGACGUGGGGGACAAUCGUGCAGUGCACAACAAUUACGUGCGAAAGAAUAAACAAGCAGCUCAUCGUGCCAGUUUGAGGAAAGAAUCGAAGAAUGGCAAAGUUAGCCAGGUCAGUCAUGCCAGCCAAAACGUUAAAAAGAAAGGCACCUGCCACGAAGCCUGUAGCGGGGGCCAAGAUAAGCAGUUCCUACAGGAGCAGGUACGAGACAUCGAGCAGGGGAUCACCGACGGGGAAGAAGACGAGGUGGAAGGAGAAACGCAAAUAGAGAGCGACAACGAUGACGAAGAAGAAGAAGAAGAAGAAAGUGAUGAUGGGGAUGACUACACUGAGGAAGACGAUGAGGAAGAAGAAAGUGAGUAUGAAGAUGAUGAGGAGGAAGAAGAAGACCACGAGCCAGACCACCGCAGUAAGGAUCAGAACAGCGGAAACCGCACACUGGACAGCAAAAACAACCAAGUUACCUACAUGAAAAACGGGAAAAAUAAUAACCAAGUGAAAAGUGUACGAGAAAGGUGCUACAGCAGGAGCGACAUGUACGAUGAUUUUUUAAACUACAAGGGAAAAGAGAAUGCACAUGGGUAUGGAAAACCCGCACAGGUGAUCCACAAUGGGAGCGGGAAAAGUGGUAAGAAGGGAAUGACCACAAAGGAGGACUCCCUUUUUCAGGAAAGGAAUCGUAAUGUUACCAUUGACGCAUCUGACGAGAAGGAAGAGACCAAUUGCACAAACUUCAAAAACGCUUUAGACAGCAAAGCAUCGAAAUGGUUUUGUGCAGAAAAGGAUCAACAGGUGCAAACGGAGCAGUCAGUGACUUAUGCAAAGAAGACGACGUCCCAUCUGGGGAAUUUUCAAGACGCACUUCUCACCUUUCGUGAGUCCAAAAAUAUGAGAUUACCGAAGGACCAAAUGGAGGGCGAGGUGGCGGAAAGAAUCUACAGAGGGGUAACCACUGCUAAUGUGAGAAACUCGCACAAAGGGGAUGGAUCCAAUGGGGUGAACGCAGAGGAGAGUACGGAUGGGGAAGACAUGUCAUGCAAGUAUGAAGGAACGCGAGAAAGGGAAGUGCUGGACCUGGAAGACCCUCCACCCCGCGGGAACAAGUGGAUGCAGGGGGAAGACACACCAAGAGAUGUUCACGUAGUGGAGGAUGACGACGAUAGUGAUGAGGAGAUCGAAGUGGAGGAAGAGUCGGAGGACGAAGUAGACGAUGAAGCCAAUGAGGAGGAGAAUUACAUAAAAAUUUACGCUAACAACUUCAGCAUCAACAAAUCGGGGAGGAAUGGAAAGUGCGCGAAGAAGAAGGAGGAGUCCUUUUCGAACAAAGUCAAUUCAAUAUUGGAGAAUUCGAAGGAGCUAAAAAAUAAAUUAAAAAAAAAUUUAUCCAGUUUGUAUGAAAUGGGUUUAAACGAAGGAGGGGGGAGAGGGGGCCAGGUCGUCGGCGCGUAUGAACAGAAGCAUUACCAGUUAGACCCCCUGAAUGCAGAAAGUAUCAGCACCUGUAGCGGAAUUCGCACUGAAAGCCGAAAUGGAAAUCGCGUCCAAGUUAGCCUCAAUCAGGAAAAGGUCGCAAAGGUAAGGGAUCAUGUGGAUAACAACUUUACCAGCAAGAAGGGCGACGUCCGUUGCACUGAUUUCGGGGCGCACCAAAAGAGGAUCACCUCCUUCUCCGCAAAUGGUGAAGCGAUCAAAAUUGACAUAGACAAAUUGGGGAAGCACCUCCAUGAUGAGAACACCUUGUCGAAAAAGAAAAAAAUGGACAAUAAUUCUUUCCUCCUGGCGGAAGGUAAAAAUAGUGAGAAGGUGUACUAUGACUGUGAGGAGGGUCCGACAAAAGGGCAAGGUCACAACAUUGCAGAGAGAACAAAUGGGUGCCACGUGGGGAGCUUAAAUAGUAAACAGGAACCAUUUAACUGUCCCCCCCAUUUGAAGGGCUACUUCAACAAGGGUACCGCAUCACCUGCGUCAGAUAUUUACGGAAAGAUGGACAAGCCGGGCGACCUUUCCCGAAGCAUCAUAGACAGCUGCGUCAGGUAUAUGGAAGAUUCGCGAGUAAAAAACAGCCAUCCAGAUCGGUUUGCUUGCUAUGCGGAAGGGGAAAAUGUAGCAGACAAGGAGAAAAGGAGCCACCCGUUGCGAGGUGACAUGGAAAAGGAGAAGAGUAAGUUACCCAUAAAAGAGAGCGAACAGCUCAACCAAACAAAUUGGGAAAUAUUUCCAAAUAACGAUAAAACAAAACAGUGCGUGAAUGAUCAUACGAACGGUAGUAAGGACAAUGAUGAUAAGGGGCAGCGCAUUAGCAAUAAGAAGGAUACGCCGAUUGAAGGAAUGGCGAGGAUGCCGUCCAAAAGUGACCUCUCCAAUUAUAGCAUUAACCACUGUGGUAAUAACAAGGGAUCAAAUUAUGAGUAUGAAAAUGGCUUCUCCUCUAUCUUGAACAAAAAAAAAUUACACCGAGAAAAUCACCUCAACAAUGAUGUGGCAACGACGGGUCGUUACGUGGAACAAGUAAAAGCUCCUGCUAAAGAUGGGAAGAACAACAAACACAUGUCCAUAAACACCAUCAUUCCAGACGACAGCAGACAAAGUGCAAACGCCAAACAGGGUAAUGACAGAGUAAACAGAAGUGGAAAGAAUUCCCCUCCCAAUAAUGACUCCCCUACUCAUAUGUCAGACGAACCCAACAGCAGCAACGACGCUAACGAUAUUAUUAUUAACAAUUUUAUGAAUAACACGAAAGGUGGUACAAAUUACGAUGGAAAAGGGAAUUACGGCAUCUCCAAUGGAAACACGAGGAAUAACUACUUUGCCAACAAAAAGAGCUACGACAAGAACGAGCAAUACUACCCAACCAAUAAUCUAACCAAGUUAGUCGAACGAAAGAAUGAAGUUGACCCACAAGGUGGCAGCUACCCCUGCGUGGCGAAUUACGAAACGAGUUACGAGGAGAAUGACUGUAAUAGCAGCAGCAAGAGUGUGGACAAGAGCGACCAUUCGGGUUUUAUGAAAAUGAUGAAAGCGCUGGGCGGGGAGGAACACUGCGGCAACUGGAUGAGCAGCACGGGGAGCGCCAUCGGGAGCGCCAGCGGAAGCCGAAGUGACAAUCGUAGUGACAAUCGUAGUGAAAAUCGUAGUCGGAACCCAUUUGUGGCAGGCAAGGAGAGGUACGAGGACCUACUGCUGGGGGACCUCCCCCAGGAGGGGAAAGACAGAAAUUUAUUGAACCCGCAAAUGGAAGGUAAGGCAGCGAAUCAGGGUGCUCUUUCGCAUUACGCCUCGGGGGGGCAUAAAACUUUCGACGGAGUGCACCGUGCCCAGGCGGUAAGCACGCAUGCCUACUUGGAGGGAAGUGUAAAGGGAAAGGGAGGUGAAAGCCCAAGCGAUAAUCGAAGCGAUGAUCAAAGCAACAACCAAUGCAACAACCAAAGCAACAACCAAAGCAACAACCAAAGCAACCGCCGAGGCGGAGGUGCGUAUAACCACAAGCCGAACGCGUUUCCCCACCCAAGCAGCUACACCAAGGCCACCAUACGACUAGACGAAACAAUUCGCGAUAACUUUAACAAAACGUCCAGCUCCUCCACAUACGACUACAGCGAUUUCGAUUUCCAUUGCUCUUCCAACAAGGACAACAUUGUGGACUCAUUCAACACCGAAUAUAAGGUAACCACGACGAGGGAGAAGGUUGUUAAGCAGAGACAGAAGAAGGAAGAGGAGGAGAAGCAGGGAAGACUCUGCUACCACCAGACGGGCGCCAGGUUCCAGGUCCACAAUUAA